ACCCUCGUCCUCACGUCUCGCGAGAGGCUCCCUCCCCACCCCCAGCCAGUGAGUGCGCGAACGGGCGAAGAGGAGGGCGCUCCAGGCGAAAGCACUGCGGCCGCCAUUAUCCUCCGUUUCUCUGCUGCACCGCUCUCGACGUCCUACUGAUCCCACUUGUUUGCGGAGCAUAGAUUGGUUUGUCCAUUUAAUACGAGAAAAUGGAAACUGAGCAGCCAGAGGAAACCUUCCCCAACACUGAAACCAAUGGUGAAUUUGGUAAACGUCCUGCAGAAGAUAUGGAAGAGGAGCAAGCAUUUAAAAGAUCUAGGAACACCGAUGAGAUGGUUGAAUUACGAAUUCUGCUUCAGAGCAAGAAUGCUGGGGCAGUGAUUGGAAAAGGAGGCAAGAAUAUUAAGGCUCUCCGUACAGACUACAAUGCCAGUGUUUCAGUCCCAGACAGCAGUGGCCCCGAGCGCAUAUUGAGUAUCAGUGCUGAUAUUGAAACAAUUGGAGAAAUUCUGAAGAAAAUCAUCCCUACCUUGGAAGAGGGCCUGCAGUUGCCAUCACCCACUGCAACCAGCCAGCUCCCGCUCGAAUCUGAUGCUGUGGAAUGCUUAAAUUACCAACACUAUAAAGGAAGUGACUUUGACUGCGAGUUGAGACUGUUAAUUCAUCAAAGUCUGGCAGGAGGAAUUAUUGGGGUCAAAGGUGCUAAAAUCAAAGAACUUCGAGAGAACACUCAGACAACAAUCAAGCUUUUCCAAGAAUGCUGUCCUCAUUCCACUGACAGAGUCGUCCUUAUUGGAGGAAAGCCUGAUAGGGUUGUAGAGUGCAUAAAGAUCAUCCUCGACCUUAUAUCUGAGUCUCCCAUCAAAGGACGUGCACAACCUUAUGAUCCCAAUUUUUACGAUGAAACUUACGAUUAUGGUGGUUUUACCAUGAUGUUUGAUGACCGCCGUGGACGUCCUGUAGGAUUUCCCAUGCGGGGAAGAGGUGGUUUUGACAGAAUGCCUCCUGGUCGGGGUGGGCGUCCCAUGCCUCCCUCUAGAAGAGAUUAUGAUGAUAUGAGCCCUCGUCGGGGACCACCACCCCCUCCUCCUGGUCGAGGUGGCCGGGGUGGUAGCAGAGCCCGGAAUCUUCCUCUUCCACCUCCACCACCACCUAGAGGGGGAGAUCUAAUGGCCUAUGAUCGAAGAGGAAGACCUGGAGACCGCUAUGAUGGCAUGGUUGGUUUCAGUGCCGAUGAAACUUGGGACUCUGCAAUAGAUACAUGGAGCCCAUCGGAGUGGCAGAUGGCAUAUGAACCCCAGGGUGGCUCUGGAUAUGAUUAUUCCUAUGCAGGGGGUCGUGGCUCAUAUGGUGAUCUUGGUGGACCUAUUAUUACUACACAAGUAACUAUUCCCAAAGAUUUGGCUGGAUCUAUUAUUGGCAAAGGUGGUCAGCGGAUUAAGCAAAUCCGUCAUGAAUCAGGAGCUUCUAUCAAAAUUGAUGAGCCUUUAGAAGGAUCCGAAGAUCGGAUCAUUACCAUUACAGGAACACAGGACCAGAUACAGAAUGCACAGUAUUUGCUGCAGAACAGUGUGAAGCAGUAUGCAGAUGUUGAAGGAUUCUAAUGCAAGAUUAUUUUUUCUUUUUUAUAGUGUGAAGCAGUAUUCUGGAAAGUUUUUCUAAGACUAGUGAAGAACUGAAGGAGUCCUGCAUCUUUUUUUUUUUUUUAUCUGCUUCUGUUUAAAAAGCCAACAUUCCUCUGCUUCCAUAGGUGUUCUGCAUUUGAGGUGUAGUGAAAUCUUUGCUGUUCACCAGAUGUAAUGUUUUAGUUCCUUACAAACAGGGUGGGGGGGAGGGCGUGCAAAAACUAACACUGAAAUUUUAAAACAGCAGAGUGAGUGGAUUUUAUUUUUUGUUCAUUGUUGGUGGUUUAAAAAUUACCCCCUAUGUAAUUAUUGUGAGCACCUUGCUUUGUGGUCACUGUAAACAUUUGGGGGGGGGUGGGACAGGGAGGAAAGUAACAAUAGUCCACAUGUCCCUGGCAUCUGUUCAGAGCAGUGUGCAGAAUGUAAUGCUCUUUUGUAAGAAACGUUUUAUGAUUUUUAAAAUAAAUUUAGUGAACCUAUUUUGGUGGUCUUUUUUUUUUUUUUUAAUAGUCAAUUUUCAUAUGGUGGCUGAGUUUCCCAGUGCACCCCAAACUAAACAGUUAAAUUUGAUUUUCAGCUAGCUCCUCUGUUGGAAAUAAAUACAUACAAGCAAAAUAUUUUGGUAAAUUCAGUUCUGGUGAUUCCUUGAUUGUUUGAGUCAUUGCUUGGGAAGAUGGUCCAUCAUAUAUGCCAUACUUAAAAUAAGCUGGAGAGUUAUUUUUGUUUUUGCAAAUGCUUGCCCCUACUUUUCAGUAUUUUUCUGUUACUAGUUGUAAAGAACUAAGGUGAUCAGCAGUACUACAAAGUGGAAAAAAAAGUAUAUUCCAGGAGCCUAAUUGGCAGUGGGUUUUAUUAAAAUAAUGUGGUUAUGAAAGUGGUGGAUGCUGAAUAAAUUCUGAUUAUUUUUAUUACAUUUCUCACGUACAGACUUACUAAACUGUCAAUCUUCUAGUGUCUAUUAGUUAAACUUUGUAUAAAUAUAUAUACAUGUUUUUCCAUUGUAUGCAAACUGCAAGAAAAAGAUGUACCAUUUCUCUGUUGUAUGUUGGAUUAUGUAGGAAAUGUUUGUGAAUUAUUCAAGAACAAGUUGAAAGACGUUCCUGUGGAUGUUUUGUGUAGUAUCCUGGCAUUUGUAUUGGUAGUUUAAAAGUUGCGCUGCACAAUAAAACUCCCCAUGAUGCUAGAUUUGAUGUGUGCCCAGUUUGAAAAAGGUUGGUUGACACCUGUAAAAAUCUGUUGAAACAGAAAUACAGUAAUCUUACAUA